AUGCAAUCCAGUUAUACAUGGAGUGGGAAUCAAAUGCAUUCAAAUCCCCAAGAACCUCAAUUCACCUACAGUUAUGAUUCUACCAAGCAACAACCUUCCUUCAAUGAGUAUAUGGGACCUCAGGUACAAGAUUAUGAAUCAUCUGUAAAUGAGUUUACUGGUCAGUAUAGUGGUGGCAGUGGUGGUGGUUAUCCUGGAACUCCUACACCUAUCCAAUCUGCGUCAAAUGCUCACUGGAGUGGGAAUCAAAUGCACACGCCUACACAACCUGCAGGUUACUGGUACGGUUCUCGUGAAUCAUUGAAUCAAUCACGUUAUCAAACGCCUACAACUUCGCCUGACAAAAAUCGUAAAUCAAAGCUACGCAUAUACUGCAAAUACUGUGCUAUUGCUUUCUCUGAUGAGCAUAGCUAUUCAAUGCAUUUAGACUCUGACAGGCAUAUACGUAAUUUUAAGAAAAGUUUUAGUACACCUGAAGAGAAACGCGUUAAAAGCAGGUCUAGAAGUGAUUUUCGCCGAAAUAUGAAUAGAAAUAGAAGACCGAAUUUCCAUUGUGAUGAUUGUAAACGCACCUUUCAGAGGAAAGAACAUUAUCUUGAGCAUAUAACUGCAGAAGGACAUAUGAAGAAAUCAUCUGAUCGCAAUAAAACUGAUUCUGAUGAUGGAGAAGAGAGGAAAACUCCUAGACGUACUGACUACUGUGAAGUGUGUGAACAAACAUUCCAAAAUGGUCGUCAUUUUUAUGCUCAUUUAAGAUGGAAAAAGCAUAAACGUCUUUGUCGUGUAGCUCGUUUAUUGAAAGGACAAUUAAAAAAGAAACCAGAAGAAGUUGCCGGUGAUCCAUUGGGUUCAUUCACACUGUAUAUGAACACAGACUGCUCUGUUCCAUAUGGGAACUAUGGAGAUAGUAAGGAAGUCGAAUUGGAUGCUGGUAAUGCAUUCUUACAAAAAUUUCUCGACUUGAAACAUUUAAUCUCUCAAGAAUCAAAUCCAGUCGGCGAGGAGUUUAUUCAGGAGCAAGUUUAUAAUACCCGUGAUAUGGAGUAUACCUGUAACCUGUGCAAAGGUGAUUACAUUGGAGCUGAUGAAAUUGAAAAUCAUUUACGCAGUCUUACUCAUCAAAAGAACUAUAAGGAGAAAUUUGAAUUAGAAGAGUUUACAUUUGAAGAAGAAAUGAAAUUAUCAAUAUCAGAUCCUGUAUUCGCUGUAUGGAAAACUUGUCAAUCUAGAGCUAGCAAGGAAUUAGCAAGAAUAAUUGGAGAAAAAGGAUUACAUUUAUGCAUUUGUGGUUUCCGUAUCACAUGUUAUGAUGAUAUGCGAAAACACUUUCCAAUUAAAUACUAUGAUAUUCAUCCAAGAAUUCGUUCAUGGAAAAAAAGUUUAGAGAAGACAGUCCGUUCUCGUGCUGAUCGUCAUCGUAUUGAUUAUCGUGAUUGUUAUACCAUUCUCAAUUUAUUUGCCCUGCCUAGUCAUGUGAUUGAUGCAAAACGGGAUCAUGCUUUAGAGGUGGCUAAAGCUAAACUACUCGAGGAACCGCCAGCCAAUGAUGAAUCAGCAGCAGCAGCGAAGAAUGGCGAAGAAGAUGAUGACGAUGAUGAGAAUGAUGAUGAGGAAGAUGAAGAAGAAGAAUCGAAACAACGGGGACAGGAACAGGAGAAACCGGCUGUCGAUAAUAAUAAUAAUAAUAAUAAUAAUGACGGCUUACCAAAUAACUCUGGUUGUUCUACCACUACUGUCCCUGCACCGAAUGCCGAGUGUGUGCAUGACAACAACACACAACCACACCCGCCGUCGACGUCAUCAUCGUAGUGGUAUAAUCUCAUUUGAUGAAGUUGUCGGCACACUCACACACACCGGCAAACGCACGCGCAGUAUACGCAUUGAUUGUAAAAAUAAUCCUUUGUUCUCAUCAUUUAAUAAUAAUAAUGAUAAGUGCUUCAACGAAAAGGAUUGUCUUUACUUCAUCUCUCUUUUGUUUUUCUCUUGCUGUGUUUUUUAUCUUCAUGCUGUUGUAUGAAACAG